AUGGAGUGCAUUUCAUUCUACUUAAAUAAACUUUUAAUAUUCGCCUGCGUAUUCUUAAUUUUUUUAUUGCCUUCAAUUUUGGCACAAAUACCAAAUUGUGAGUUCCACGAUACUGUCAACAUAACUGGAAGUUUUCGUUUCGCCAACGGUUCCUAUUUGCAUGAUGGAGUAAUUAUACCACCUGAACUCAUCGGCGAAUAUAGUAUUGAGGUGCUGUAUAAGGGUCAUGAAUUGCCUGUAGAGAAGCAUACACGUGGUUGCAUCUGUAAACUAAAAACUUGCGUUAAAUUUUGUUGUCAUCCACCACAAACAAAAAUAAAGGACCUAAGAGAAUGUGAGACCGGAAUAGAGAAUGAACUUGAACUGUCACCUUACGUGAAUAUUACUUUUAAUAAUGGUACGGAAAAGAGCAUACCCGUUUUAGAAGAAUUUUCUAUUGUAGUAGGAAUACCAUGUCAUAAUGCUUACAAGUUAAUACCAGACGAUCCCGACGAUGAAUGGAAAUUAUAUGAGAACGGCACGAUGAAGCGCUUAUAUGACAAUGCUAUUCUGUCAAGACGUGAUUACUGCUUAGCACCACAUAACAGAAGUGAUGUGUACUCAUUCACUCCAAUGAAUUGUCCAAAUGCUGUUGUAGAGCCAGAUAAUCUAUUCGUCGACAGUGUAGCAAUGCUAAUAUCCAUACCUUUUUUUGUGUUGACAAUUUUGGUGUAUGCAUGCCUACCGAAGUUAAGGAAUUUGCAUGGGAAAUGCCUAAUAUGCUACUUAAUUUCUUUAACAUCUGGAUAUAGUCACUUGGUAAUGAACAACUUUUACAGCACAUCUUAUAGUGAUUUUAAAUGUACUUUUUUGGGAUUUACGGGUUAUUUCUCCUUUAUGGCUGCAUAUUUAUGGUUAAAUGUGAUAAGUAUUGAUCUUUGGCACAAUUUUCGACUUAUCAACUGUAAUGUAAAUCGUUAUAUUAAAAACAAACGCUUUACUUUAUUUAAAGACAAACAGAAUUUGUAA